CUCUAAAUGUAUUGAGUUGCAUAUAUAUACGAUACGUUUGAUCUCUCUUUCUGCUAUAAAUUGGCAAGUUAGAGGAGCCAUUUCAAGAACAUCUCAUAUAUAGUUGUAGCAAUCACAGAUUUCUUUUAAGAUUUUCUCCAUGCCUGCAUCGGUUUCAGUAUCUUCAAUGGCGAGAAAGGAUCAGAUAACAGAGGAGGAAAGGGGGUUUGAAGCUGAAGUCGCUGAGGUGCAAGCAUGGUGGAACUCCCAUAGGUUCAAGUUAACUCGUCGUCCAUACACGGUUAGAGAUGUGGUCUCUCUCCGAGGCAGCCUGAAACAAAACUAUGUCUCCAACCAACUUGCCAAGAAACUAUGGAGCACUCUCAAGACCCACCAAGCCAAUGGGACUGCAUCGAGAACCUUUGGUGCUCUAGACCCAGUUCAAGUCACCAUGAUGACCAAGCACUUGGAUACUAUCUAUGUUUCUGGUUGGCAGUGUUCAUCCACACACACAACCACCAAUGAACUGGGGCCAGACCUUGCAGACUAUCCCUAUGACACUGUCCCAAACAAGGUUGAACACCUCUUCUUUGCUCAAGAAUUCCAUGAUAAGAAGCAAAGAGAGGCUCGAAUGAGCAUGAGCCGAGAAGAGAGAGCUAGAACCCCUUAUAUAGAUUACUUAAAGCCUAUAAUUGCUGAUGGGGAUGCUGGUUUCGGUGGUGCAUCUGCUACUAUUAAGCUUUGCAAGCUUUUUGUGGAGCGUGGAGCUGCUGGUGUGCAUAUUGAAGACCAAUCUUCAGUGACUAAGAAGUGUGGGCAUAUGGCUGGAAAGGUUCUGGUUUCGGUCAGUGAACACAUCAAUAGGCUUGUUGCAGCAAGGUUGCAAUUUGAUAUCAUGGGAGUUGAAACUGUGUUAGUGGCCCGUACGGAUGCUGUUGCAGCUAAUUUGAUCCAGACAAAUGUUGAUGCCCGAGACCAUCAGUUCAUACUGGGUGCAACUAACCCUAGUCUCAAAAGCAAGAGCUUAGCCAUGAUCCUAUCUGAAGGGAUAGCUGUGGGAAAGACAGAAGCUGAGCUUCAAGCUGCAGAGGACAAUUGGCUAUCAAUGGCCCAAUUGAAAACCUUCUCCGAAUACGUAGUGAACUCAAUUAAGAAUAUGAACAUUGGGGAAGAUGAGAAACAGAGUAGAUUGAAUGAGUGGAUGAACAACUCUGGCUUUGAUAAAUGUCUCUCAAAUAAUCAAAGCAGAGAUAUAGCGGAGAAGCUGGGGCUUAAGGACUUGUUUUGGGACUGGGACUUGCCUAGAACCACAGAAGGUUUCUACAGGUUCAGAGGAUCUGUAAUGGCUGCAGUUGUGCGUGGUUGGGCUUUUGCACCUCAUGCCGACCUUAUUUGGAUGGAAACUUCAUCCCCUGAUAUUGUGGAAUGCACCCAAUUUGCUGAAGGAGUGAAGUCCAAGUACCCCGAAAUGAUGUUUGCCUAUAAUCUUUCUCCCUCUUUCAAUUGGGAUGCGUCAGGAAUGAGCGAUGAACAGAUAAGGGACUUCAUACCUAGGAUCGCAAAGUUGGGCUUCUGUUGGCAAUUCAUAACUCUGGCAGGGCUCCAUGCAGACGCGCUCAUCACUGAUACUUUCACCAAAGAUUUUGCUCGGAGAGGGAUGCUGGCUUAUGUGGAGAGGAUUCAGAGAGAAGAGAGGAAAAAUGGAGUUGAUACAUUGUUUCACCAGAAAUGGUCAGGCGCAAACUACUAUGAUAAGGUGCACAAGAUUGUCCAGGGAGGUAUCUCUUCCACUGCUGCCAUGGGUAAAGGAGUAACUGAGGAGCAGUUCAAAGAAACUUGGACUCGGCCAGGAACCAUGAGAGUCAGAGAAGACGACAACAUUGUCAUUGCCAAGUCAAGAAUGUAGAAGGCAAUACCCUUUUACAAGGAAUACAUAGAAAUUCUACAUUUGAUUAAGUUUAUCAUCUUAAUUAUCUGCUCGUCUUGGUACUUUUGCUAAAAUAAAUCUUUUUGUCUAAUCCAAACCUGCCGAGUGCCUAGUGCCGGACAGAGUUCUUAAGUGAUCCUAAUUCUUGUUAAUGGAUUAGGUUUUUGUUGAAGAAUUGGUGGAGGGGUUGACUUAUUUACUACUGGGAUCAAACCUUCACUGAUACUGGGAUUAAAAUGGCAUCUGAGCUCUAUAAUUGCUUUUGUUUGAGUUGACAGCGUACUUCAAAUACAAUUUCCCAUCUUCU